AUGGCAUCGUCGGUAGAACCAGAACCGUUGCCUGAACCGGUGGCAGAACAAACAAUGGAAACACUAAGCGAAGAUUGUGUGUUUGAAAUUUUCGAUCGACUGCCGACCAAAUAUUUGUAUCAGAUUGGUCAGUGUCAUCCAUUCAUAUCUGAAACGUGUACGCGAUUCUUCGAUUUGGCAUCAAUUCAGUAUCGACGCCAGCAUCCAGAAAAGUUUGUGUGUUUGACGGUGAUUGACGAUAAAAUUGUUUUGCUGCCCAAUGAAUACGAUGUCAAAUUGUUUGGUCGCAAAUUUCUCAACAUUAUGAUUCGUGGGGAUGGUCGAAAUUGUCGUUGGGAAGACGCAUUGCUUCAAUUCAUCUUGGCCAAUUGCAGUGCCAGCCUGCAGAUGAUUCGCUUCGAAAAGGCUAUGCUAAAAAGUGUUCAGCUGAAAGCAAUGCACCAUAUGUUUCAUCGUCUAGAAACGGUGGUUCUUCAUGAAUGCGGUAUGACUGACGACUUCUAUGACAGUUUGUUGAGCGCGUGUCAUCGAUUAAAGCAUAUUAUUAUCAGCGAUUCGUACACAAUCAUCGAUCCGGUUGGCAGUAAAUGGAUGCAAAUGAAAUAUCCGCUGUUGGAAACAGUACAAAUUUCUUCAAUCACCAUGUUGCCAUAUCAACGUGAAGUAUGGGUGAGAUUCUUUCGCCAAAAUUCACAAAUCAAAAGCUUUGCAUGUGACCACUGGUAUUCAAUCGAUGCUAUGGAUCGUCCAAUCAAAAUUAUCGCCUCAAAUGUCCCGAAUCUCAAUCGAUUGUUCAUUUCAUUGCGUGGUAUUGGUCAUUUGAAUAGCACGUAUUACGAUCUAUCUGUGCUGUGUGAAGCCGCUCAAUUCCAAAGACUUGAACUACAGUUCAACGGCAACACUGGCUGUCAUUAUUUAAUGCGCCAUGCAAAAUUGCUCGCCAAGAUAAAACCAUUCCAUACACUUCAUCUGAGCGAUAUGGCACUGACGAAGGACAUUUCUCAAGUUAUCAUCAGCUUGGUCAAUUUGAAGCGAUUGAACUUCGUGAAAAUCACGUUCAGCACCGAAUUUGCUGAGACCGUAUCAAGUGGACUGCCCAAUUUGGAAGUGAUUUACAGCGAUGAACCAAACGAUUUUACGCCAUUCAUCCGAAAUGCGCCGAAGCUCACGAAGAUCGAAUUGGCCGACACCGAAUUCGGUGCACUCAACCUGGGAUGGGGAAUGCUUUGGUUAAACGAUGAACGAACCAAAAUUACCGGCGCAUGCCCGAUUACCAUCUACGUCAAGAGCAUUUCGAUGGAGGAUGCAGAGCAUUCAGUCAUUUCAAUCGGAAUAAUCGCCAUCAAACCCAUGCCAAAAGACAAACAUUUACUCACUAAAGUUGGAAAUUCUUUUGUUGAUUAACGAACUAAAAUGGGAAAACCCUUUCAUUCUUCAUUUGUUUUUAAAUGUCGAUUUGUUAAAUCAAACCGAUUUCAAUGUUGAUGGACACAGGAAAAACAAAUAAAGGAAUUUUAUUCCAUAAUUCACUUGCAAA